UCGUGUGCGAACACGCCAACAGCUCAGCUCUUCAUUUACUUUCUACUACCAGCUUCUUCUUCUUCUACUACUACUUCCAGGCGAGGCCGCGACGACUGACGCGUCAUCGGCUCCCCAUUCAUUGCGCUCCCGUGGGAGACCACCUGGUUCAACCCGCCGAAAUGGCUCACCUGAAUUCACAGCCGCUGGUAGUAUUCCUCCUGCGAUCGUCGUAGCUCAGCCUGUCUCCGCGCUGACUGACUCGCGGGGCCCACGCGAGGCCGGGGCCCGGGGGUCAGCGGGACGGGAUGUGCGAGAAAGCGAGCCUUGCCUGCAUCGCACGCCGUCGCCGCUAUCGGCCAGCCAGCCUCACUCCCCCCUCCCUACAAUACAAAGAGCACGAAACUGAAGCAGCGACGCGAAAAAAGGUUUCGAAAAAUCAGAAUCCAUGGGAAUUUAGAUUAGAAUUACUUACAGGGGUUUCGAACUCUCCGCGGCUGCUGCGCCCAUGGGAACGACGAGGCCGGGUGCGCGCGCGGUGCUCGCUCUGGUGCUCUGCGAGCUACUGCUGCUGCUGUCGCCGUCGGCGGCGGCGGCCGACGGCGGUGGUCUGCCGCGGCGGUCGCUGCACCAGCCCUUCUUCCCGAUCGGCUGGUCCCCGCCGCCGCCGGCGUCUGCGGAUGCGGCCGCCCCUCCGCCGCCGGCUGCCGCUGCGGCCGCGACCUCGGGCCCCGCGCGGUCCGCGCCCAGCGUCACCAACAUCGUCGCGAUCGCGCUCACAGCGGGCCUCGUCGCGCUCGCGGUGGUUUCCUACUCCUGCGUCCUCCUGUGGCGCCGCGUCGCCGAGGGCGCGGAGGACGACCGUGCCGCCGCGAAGCCGGCGGGGGCCCUUGCCGCGAGAAUUCCGAGUGAUGCCGGGAGCAGCGCCCGGCACCAGACGUCGCCGCCGCCCAGCUCCACCGCGUCGGACGCGAUUUACCUGGACCCUCUCACCGCGGUGAUGGAGGUGCGCCACCACCGGUCCAGCCCUGACCUGCGCCCUCUCCAGCUGCAGAAACAGCCCAGCCCUGACCUCCGCCCGCUGCCGCCGCUGAAACGGAUGGGCGCGCAGCCGACGCCGCCGCCCGCGGCCACGCCGCCUAUGACCGGCACGGAGUACUCCUCCUCCGACGAGGACCAGGCGACGUUUUACACCGCGCGAAAGACCAACAUGUCUUCGUUCAGCCGGAGCACGAGCCAGCGCAGCACCAUGGAGUACGCAGUGCCGCCGCCCGUGGCGCCUCCACCUGCUCCCGCGCCCGUGCCGAUGCCGCCGACGCCCGCUCCAGCGCCCGCGGCGCCGCCACCGCAAGCGAAUCGCCUGCGACCUCCUCGUCCGCCACCGUUGCCGAGGCAGAGACUGCUGCGGCCGAUGCCCGCCGAGUCGCCUCCUCCUGCCGCCCUGGCCAAUUUAGCUCUGACCAGCCCCCCUGAAGCCUCUGUCCAGAACAGGGAAGCCGAGAGCUCUGGCGUCCAGCCGGGCGGAAGCACCCGGCCGCCCAGUCUGAAACCGCUGCACUGGGACAAGCUCCGGGCCGUCUCCGGCCGCACCACAGUCUGGGACCAGGUCAAGAAUUCCGACUCAUUCCGCGUGGAUGAGGCGGCAAUGGAGAACCUGUUCCCCCAAAACAGCGCCACCGCCGCCGCGGGGAAUUCCGGUCAGGCGGCAGCGAGAGGAGGGCAGCACAGCCGGCUGCUCGACCCAAAGAGGCUGCAGAACGUGGCUAUCAUGCUCAAGGCGCUCAAUGUGACCGCAGACGAGGUGAUCGGAGCACUCGUGCACGGAAAUCUGGAAGAUAAGCCUGAGUUGUAUGAAACACUAGCUAAGAUGGCACCAACAAAAGAAGAAGAGUUAAAGCUGAAAGAUUACAGCGGUGACUUAUCAAAAAUUGAUCCAGCAGAGCGCUUUCUAAAAGACGUCCUUAAUGUUCCCUUUGCCUUCAAGAGAGUGGAUGCAAUGCUUUACAGAGCAAACUUUGAUGCUGAAGUGAAUUAUUUAAAGAAAUCUUUUGGAACUAUGGAGGCAGCUUGUUCAGACCUAAGAAGCAGCAACCUAUUCUUGAAGUUGCUGGACGCUGUUCUCAAGACCGGGAACCGCAUGAACGACGGCACCAACCGAGGCGAGGCGAGGGCCUUCAAACUCGACACGCUUCUAAAGCUCGCCGACAUCAAGUCAACCGACGGUAAGACGACGCUGCUCCACUUCGUGGUUCAAGAGAUCAUCCGGUCAGAAGGCUUCGACUCCGACCAACCAGAAACCAACAAUCCUGGCACUGGCAGUGCCAGCAAAGAACGGUUCAAGAAGGACGGCCUGAAAGUGCUGGCAGGGCUCAGCAGCGAGCUCUCAAACGUGAGGAAGGCGGCCACGCUGGAGAUGGACACGCUGAGCGGCAACCUGCUGAGGCUGGCGACCGACCUCGAGAAAGUGAGGCUGGUCUUGCAGCUCAGGGAGACGUGUGCCCGUCAGGAAAGCUCCGGCGCGGGGUUCUUCGAGUCGAUGGAUGGUUUUCUUGGAAGGGCGCAGGCGGAGAUCGGGAGCAUGAAGGUGGCGGAGAGGGGCGCGUUGCAGCGUGUGAAGGAGACCACGCAGUACUUCCAUGGUGAUGGCAACAUGGAGGAGCCUUCUCAGCCUCUGAGGGUGUUCAUGGUGGUGACAGAGUUCCUGUUGAUACUGGACCGCGUGUGCCGGGACGUCGGCAGGACGCCGGAGCGGGUGAUGAUGGGGUCCGGCAAGUCGUUCCGCGUCAGCGCCGGCACCUCGGUGCCGCCUCGCCGGUAUGAUUCGCGGACGCUUAGCUCGUCGGACGAGGACAGCUCGUCGUCGUAGAGCAGCAGCUUAGAGGAAUGUCCCUUUUUUUUGGUGGGGUGCACAGGAUAGUGCUAGUGGUGAUUUUGAGGGCGGUGAUUCUUGCACCCUCAGGGCUUAGAAGGGGCCGUUACUUUACUGUGUAAUAGUACUAGAUGUCUACAAAGGUUAAAAAUAUAGCUGUACAAAGACAAAAGUUUUUCUUGAUUCUUACAUAUAUGGGGGGAAUGGGAAAUUGUUCAGCUCACCAUGUUAUUUUA